AUUUUUCACACUCCAUAACGUAACAAGGCUGAUCUAAGACUCUUGUAUCGAACGAGCUAGCUAAGUAGGGUUUGCAAAUCGCGUCGCAUCGGCUCAGCGAAAAUCGUUGGUGAGAGAGAGAGAGAGAGAGAGAGAUGGGAAGAGAAAGAGAGACCCCAAAGCAACAACAGGUAGCUUACACGGUGGAGCAGCUUGUUGCCUUCAAUCGGUAUAAUCCUGAUAUUCUUCCAGAUCUCGAAAACUAUGUCAACGAUCAGGUUUCAUCACAAAAAUACAGCCUGGAUGCAAACCUGUGCCUUCUUCGCCUCUAUCAGUUUGAACCAGAGAAAAUGAGUUCCCAGAUUGUAGCCCGCAUAUUGGUUAAGGCCCUCAUGGCAAUGCCAGCUCCUGACUUCAGCCUGUGUCUCUUUUUGAUUCCAGAACGUGUGCAAAUGGAGGAGCAGUUCAAGACAUUGAUUGUUCUGUCUCAUUACUUGGAGACAGGAAGAUUUCGGCAGUUCUGGGAUGAAGCAGCCAAAAAUCGUCAUAUAGUUGAAGCUGUGCCAGGAUUUGAGCAGGCAAUCCAAGGCUUUGCGAUUCAUGUCCUUUCCUUGACUUACCAAAAGGUUCCCAGAACUGUGCUUGCCGAGGCUAUCAAUAUAGAAGGUUUAUCCUUGGACAAAUUCCUGGAACACCAAGUAGCCAACUGUGGUUGGGUUAUUGAGAAAGGCCAAGGCAGGGGUCAACUCAUUGUCCUUCCCAGAAAUGAAUUUAAUGACCCAAUUUUGAAGAAAAACACCGCAGAUAGUGUACCAUUGGAGCACAUUACUCGCAUCUUCCCAAUUCUUAGCUGACCCUUUCUGGGAGAUAUAUGGAUUUAAGAUUUUAGUUGUAGCAACAUCUUGCAGUCUCCCUUCCUCUUGGAUGCUUCAAUUUGAGAAUCAGUGGACAGCUAUUGUAGUUUACUCUCUUGUUUUUGCAUUUAUGUCUGAAAAUUAAUUUGUUUUACUAUGCUUUAUUAUUCACUGGGAACUAAUUCGUUGAAAAUGGUCUGUUCUCUUUACUGCGCCUAUAAUUUUCCUGACUAGUUGGGAGAGCGUAUGAGCUCAUACAAAAUACAUAUUAGGAGUGUCAUGAUUGUUAAAAAUGGAAGGAGUAAAGAAGAAUUUUUAGAGUUGUAGUUUACAGUUAGAGAAAUGUU